AUGACGACGCGAAGAAUCGUAAACGACGAGAAGACGAGCCUGGACUACGAUGGCAAGGGCGCACCGGGGCCGUCCAACACCUCGCCUGCCGUCCCUACCUCUGUAAUCUUCAAACUCAUGUCCUUUACAUUCGCCAUGAUCACAUUACCCAUCGGCACCUACUUCUUCACAAACGCCUACGUCUUCAAGGGCAACGCAACGUACGCGGGAGGUCUCGCAGCACUGAUGGCCAACGUGGUGCUGAUCGGGUACGUGGUCAUGGCCUUUAUGGACGACCAAGCGGAGCAAGUGGAAGAAGCCGAGAAGGCGAAGAAGACGUCGUAG